AUGUUGGACCAAUCCAAUAAUUAUGCUUUGGCCAGUCAGGUUGUCAACGUAUUGAACAUCAUUCCAAAACAUUUAUACAAAUACCUUUUAGAUGAGGCUUCUGGUGACCAUGUCGUUGAUAACUUGUCAAAAGGUUCGGGUUCAGAGAAUGAAACUGGUAAAAUGUCUUCUAUCGAGUUCUUAAUAACCUUUCUCCACUCUCAACUUAAAUUGGAUGCUAGUAAAGAAUCCGAAACUGCUAGUGAUUUACGAACUGAUGAAAGAAUUUGUCCUAUUCUGAACUGUCUUACUCGAGCAAGUAAAUCGAAUCGCCAGAUUAGGAAAUUCUGCCGUUUAAAAGUGCUACCUUACCUGGGUAAAGAUGUUACACGUCUACCAGAAGAUGGUGAUAGCAUCAGAAAUUACCUUUGUAAAUUGCUGACAAAUCCAGUUCAGAUUGUUGGUGAAUCGGCAGCAUUAUUUAUCUUUGUACUUUGCAAGGAAAACAUUGGACGAGCAGUGAAAUACACCGGUUUUGGCAAUUUUGCUGGAUUUCUCGCACGUCAUGCUUUACUUGGGAAACCAUCAAAAGCUAAUAGAGAAUCUAAUUGUACUGGAGAGUCAGAUGAUGAAUAUUCGGAUACAUCGACGGAAUCAGAAACAGAGGAAUAUAAAAAGUUGAAAGAAGAUGUGAAUCCUGUGACAGGUCGAUGGGAAAUUCCACAACCGAAUCCAAUGGAAAAUAUGUCUGAAGAACAAAAGGAAUAUCUUGCUAUGGACUUAGUACAGAAAAUUGACAGGCUUGAAAGAUCUGGAUUAAUUCAACCAGGAACUAUCGGUGAAGAUGGACGAGUGAGACCUGUACAACAUGUACUUGAACUUAUCCAAACAAAAGAAGAUGAUCAAAAAUCAGACGAUUCAGAGAACUAA